AUGGAUGAGACAAUCGCUUAUCAAGGAAAUAAAUUUACAACGCGCGAAUUAAAAAAUUGUCCAGAAUGUGAUAAGCCUCGAAUCUCUUUUGGUUGGUGCUUUGAGUGUGAAACAAAUGCAUUGAAGGAGAAUUUCAUUCAUUGUUCAACAGAAAAUGAAGAAAUUGAUCAAUUGAUUAAAUUCACUCAACUAAAGGCCACCCCAAUUUGUGAUUAUUUGGAGUAUAUCCCUUUCGAAAAAUUCGAUAUGAUUAAAUAUAUUGGAAGUGGUGGUUUCGGUAGUGUCUAUUCAGCGAUUUGGAUGGAGGGACCUCGGUGGAUUUGGGACGAUGAAUCACAAGAGUGGUCUCGAUCAGGUCCAAUGAAUGUUGCCUUAAAAAGGCUUGACAACUCGCAAAAUAUUUCAAGCUCUUAUAUUGCGAAGGUUAAAGAGUAUCACAAAUGUAUACAAUCCGCUUCAUUAGCAGAAACGUUUGGGAUAACAAAGGAUCCAACGUCAAAUUUUAUGAUAAUCAUGAAAUAUUAUGAAAACGGCAACCUGUACCAAUACCUUGAUUCUAAUGGACUUCUUUCAUGGAGGGAUAUGAUCGAUAUGUUAUGGGGAAUUGCAGGAGGCCUUGAAAGAAUUCAUGUCGAAAGAAAAGUUCAUGGAAAUAUUCAUGGAGGAAACCUACUUAUUGAGGACGAAAAAAUUUCUACAGAUGCUCGUAUUGGUGAUGUAGGACUUCAUGGACCUUGCUAUUAUGAAAAUGAAAUGUCUAAUCAAAUAUAUGGAGUUUUGCCAUAUAUUGCGCCGGAAAUUUUACGCGGUGAAAGUUAUAGUACCGCUUCUGAUAUUUAUUCAUUCGGCAUUAUUAUGAAUACUCUAGCGACUGGAAAAAGACCUUGGUGUGAUAGAGCACAUGAUUUAAGUUUAGCAAAAGAUAUUUGUGAUGGCAAAAAACUUGCAAUACCAGAUGAUACUCCAAUUUUUUAUGCGGAAUUAAUGAGUAAAUGUUGUGAUAAUAAUCCAAAUAAUCGUCCAACCGCUUCUUAUUUAAAUGAAAAAUUAGGAGAAUGGAUAACUUUAAUUUGCGAUGAUCCGAAUCCCUCAGAUAUUUCAGAAGAAAGUUCUAUUGCUGAAGAAAAAAGGUGGAAAAGGAUUUCUCAAUUACCUAAAAAACAUAUUCAUUCAAAGGUUCAUCCAGAAAUUCAUCCAAAUGCAUAUUAUACAAGUAGACCAUUGUAUUUCCCUGAAUUAUUAAACUAUAAUGUAGGACACAAUUAA